AUGAUUUCGAUCCAGGUUUUCGCAAAAAAUAACUGUGGCUCGAAUAAUCGACUUCGUUAUUCCAUACAAGACCAGCCGUUAAUUCGGAAUUUUUUCAAUAUUGACGACCAAACCGGAACGAUUUGCCUUGGAGCAAAUUUGGAUUUUGAAACAACUGCCAAAUAUCAAUUUGUUAUUGAAGCAAGUGAUUUUGGUAACCAUGCAUUGGUCAACAUUCAUGUGGAAGAUGUCAAUGACAAUUAUCCGGUUUUUUAUCCGUCGAUUUAUAAUGUUACUGUACGAGAAGACAUAGCCGUUGGAAGUUUAAUUUUGAUUGUUUAUGCGAAAGAUGCCGACAAAGGCAUAUAUGGGCAGAUCCAUUACCGGAUUAUUGCCGGAAAUGAUGGAACAUUCAAAUUGGAGCCUCGUACGGGCGAAAUGCUUGUGCAAAACAAGGUUUCAAAAAAACGCUAUGAUAUCGUCGUACAAGCGAGUGAUGGUGGGGGAUUAACCAGCGAAAAAGUGGCUACAGUACACAUAUCCGUCACUAAAGCAUCAAUUCCUAUACCACAGUUCACUUCAUUGUUAUAUAAAUUCGAAGUGCCAGAAGAUCUGCUGCCAGGAAUAUCAAUAGGACAAGUAGAAACCGCUGGGCCAUAUAAGAUCAAAUAUAACAUUUAUUCGGGUGAUCCGGAUCAUUUUUUCAUGAUUAAUUCGCUCGAUGGAAAAAUAAUAGUUAGCCGAUAUCUCGAUGCAGAUAAAUGGCAGUCGAUUCUUCUGAAUGUGCAGGCCUUUACGGAUCGAGGUGAAUCGAGCUAUGCUCAAGUGUUGAUUGAUCUCAUCGAUGUUAACGAUAAUGAUCCGGUGUUUCCAAUAACCAAAAUUGAAGCCUAUGUUCUUGAAAAUCAACCGACUCAUAUUCCUUUCUUUGCACUCCAAGCAAAGGACAAGGAUCACGGAAAAAAUGGAGAAAUUCAUUAUUCUUUGGUGCAGAGUGAGCCACAUUGCCCAAUAAGCGUUCUGCCGAUCACAGGCGAAAUGAUUUUGACUUCGAACUUGGAUUAUGAGGAUGUUACACGUUAUAAUUUAAUUGUGAAAGCACGAGACCAGGGAGUUCCACCUCGUCACAACAAUGUCACAGUCAUUUUGAACGUAUUAGAUGUCAACGACAAUUUUCCCGAAUUUGAGCAUAAUUUUUAUGAAGUUGAGGUGCCUGAAGAUGCUUCCUUGAUGACACAAGUGAUAGCAUUCAAAGCAAAAGAUCUUGAUCGAGAUGCGAACGGAAAAAUUUCAUUUCAUUUGUCAGAUGAAAAUACUGAUUUCGGUAUUCAUGCAUCAUCUGGAAUUAUGUACGUCAAGUCUCCUCUGGAUCGGGAGUUUAAAAGUGAUUAUCAUUUAACUGUGGUCGCCAGCGAUCAUGGCCAGCCACGAUUAUCGUCCAAUGCAACUAUUUACAUCAAAAUCCUUGACAUCAAUGAUAAUUCGCCAAAUUGCUCGACCGCUCAACCAGUUGUGUUAACUGAUGAUUAUGCUGUCGGUAUUCCAUUCGGUGCAAUAAAAAUAAUUGAUUCUGAUGAAGGUAUUAAUGGUACAGUAAGAUAUCGAGUUCAAAAUGAUCCUGACUUUGAAGUCAGCGCUGAUGGCAAAAUAUCACGAAAGCAUCUUGUAACUCAUUCUGGAAAAGAUUAUUACUUAUCAGUAAUUGCGUACGAUAACUUCGGAAAUGCCGGUUCGAGAUCUUCAAUAUGCCAGAUCAGGAUUAUUUAUCAAAGUAUUCAGUCCAAAGUAAAGCUAAUCGAACCUUUUGAACGAGUUAUAACGCUGUCCCGUCAUUGCUCGAAUAACUGCUUUUUAAUGAAGCUUAAUGCAAGCAAUGUCGUGAAAUGGGAAAUCGAAACCAAUGAAAUCUCAAGAUUUUUUAAAAUUAUACGAAAUUCGCUAUGGACGAGUGCGAAUUUUGAACAAAAAUAUUUUAAAACGAAUCGAAUACUCUCAGUAUCUGCUCACGAUUCGGAGAAUCGAAAAAAACAAAUCAUUUUCACUAUUCGUCCAAUUUUUAGUUCUCCGACAAUCAAUAGCUCCACUAUUUAUCUAAAGUUUCCAAUAAAUACAGCUGUCGGAACAGUACUGAAAACUAUCGAUAGUGAGAAGAAGGGAACAAUAUGGAAUCUGGAAAACGAGAUCGAACAAUUUUAUUUGGACGAAAGAACGUCGGAACUCUACUUGGUGUCAAGUUUUGCCAAUUCAAACCAAUUAUUUUAUACUCUUAGCUUGACUCGAAUGGUGGUUCCUGAUUACGCGACUGAGCGAUUCACAAUUCAUAUCGAAAUUGAAGUUGGAAAUUUUCGAAGACCCAAAUUCAAAGGCUGUCCGAUGAAAAUAACAAUCGACGAGAACAUCUCGAUAGGCUCAAAAAUUGCGAAAGUGAAGGCCAGAUAUGCUCAUGAUGGAAAUGACGGACCCUUUCUUUAUAAGAUCAACGAUCCUUCAAGGUUGUUUGCCAUAGAUCAAGAAUCAGGCGAAAUCUCUACUCGUAAAGUCAUAAAAUGGAAUUCAAUGAAAAAAUCUAUAUUCUUGGCAGUCGAAGCGGAGAAUCGUCAAAUAGAAUCUAUGCCAUCCAAGAUUUCUACAUGUGCUCUGUUUAUUGAUAUCAAUGAUAUAAAUAAUCACAGUCCACAGUUUAAAAGUUCAUCUAGUGUUACGAUUGAUGAAGAGUGGAGUAACUCGGAAAUAUUACAGUACAUUGUAGUAAAGGAUGACGACGAUGGUAAUAAUGUCACUUAUAGUAUUGUCGAUGGAGAUAAGGACAGUUUCGUCUUAAACGCUACAACAGGAGAAAUGAGACUGCUUCAUUCUUUAACGUCAAAUUCAUCAAUAAUUAUCCAAGCGAGUGAUAAUGGAAAUGUGCCACGAAUUUCUGAGCAAAAUUUUACUGUCUAUUUGAAUCCGACGCAUCAAUUAUGGAAAUUCUUUAUUCGCCCGAUUUAUAGUUUUUCUAUCACUUUUGAAAGACCUCAUCUACAACUGAUUUCUGAUAAAGCAGGUGGAAUAGAACCUUUCAACAUUUCAGUUAAUGGCGAAUUGCAACUAUCUGCGGUCCUUACAAAUGAUUUUUAUAGUCUUAUAGUUGAAUUAAAAAUGGCGAAAGGGAACAUGAAUGCUCCACGAAUUAUGCCGUCAUCAUGUGGCAAUAUAUCUAUUUAUGAAAAUAUUAGUACUAAUCAACUGAUACAUGUUUUUGCAAUUGAUUAUGAUGAAGAUGAAAAUGCGGGCAACGAGAACAACGCAUUCUCAAUAAAUUCGACUAGUGGGAUAAUUUCUUGUGAAAAACUUGAUCGAGAGCAAAAAUCGGAAUAUUUUCUCGUUAUAACAGCAGAGGAUAAGGGAAAUCCGAUAAAAGCCGAUACUUGCACCAUAAGGAUCUUCGUUCUUGACGAAAACGAUAAUGCGCCAGUUUUCAAAAAAGACACUCCCGAAUAUUUGGAAAUAGAUGAUAAUACGAAAAUAGGUGGAAUAAUUGCAAGAAUAUCAGCAACCGAUGUGGACGCGGAUAAAAAUGAUAUCGGUGCCUCAACUGUCCUACAUUCAACAAUAGCUGUGCCGUUGAUAGUGAGACGAUCUUUGAUAACUGAUCAGCUAUACGAAUCUCCGCCGUCAUUUGUUAGUGGAAAAUAUUUCGGAGUGGUAGAAGAAGGUCGGCCUGAAGGUGAAUUCGUUCUCCAGGUCUAUACUACGGGUCAUCUAUCUGGCAAUGCUCCAGUAGCAUAUAGCAUCGUAAGUGGUAAUAUUGAUAAUGCAUUUGGAAUUGAUAGUGAAGGUAAAAUAACCACAAUGCAAGAGCUGGAUCGAGAAAUCGAGAGUCAAUAUUCUCUAGGAAUAACUGCGAAUGGUAGCUAUAAACAAUCUCCGGAGACCAAAGUAUAUAUAAGAGUUUUGAAUACGAAUGAUAAUCCGCCUUUAAUACCAACAAUGCGCCCCAGAAAAAUUUCUGAACUGGCACCAAUUGGUAGUUUGGUCGCAACAAUACGAGCAACCGAUGUUGAUAUAGACUCGAAAUUGGAAUACAGUCUAAUAAACAAUUAUGAAAUUUUCGAGAUUAAUAGAUAUUCGGGUCAAAUAUAUUUGCUUCAAAAGCUCGAUUAUGAGGCAAUCAAAAAUUAUUCCUUGGAAAUUCAGGUUUCUGAUGGCGAUAAUAUCUCAAAAUCAACUCUUGUCGUGGAGAUUCUCGAUGAAAAUGAUAAUCGUCCAAAAUUCGAUAAGGAUUUUUACGAUGUUGUCUUACCACAUGGAAAUAAUAGUGCACUAAUCGCAAAAAUUCAUGCAGUAGAUCCUGAUUCUGGUCCUCGUGGCGAAAUAUAUUAUAAUUUUUCCACCCCUAAUAAUAUUUUCCAUAUCGAUGAGAAUACAGGCGCGAUUAAAUUGUUAUCGAAAAGAGCCAUAAACAAUAUAUAUUUCCUUAAAGUGCAAGCAUUUGAUAAAGGACAACCAUCUUUAAAUCGUGCAGUUCCACUGAAAAUUUCGUUCAUCGAUGGUCUAUCUAAAAUUGAAUCGAUAGUUGAGAAAAAGUCCUAUAGUUUCUCAAUAAGAGAAGAUUUGGAAAUAAAUCUUCCAUUUGGGCAGAUAUCUGUUAAGCAAAUGACAAAUUUUAAAGUGAAUUUCCGAAUACUGGAACUAGAAGCUAGAAAUAUCUUCCGGAUCGAUCAUUUUGGUCAAUUAUCGCUCAAAAAGCCAAUAGAUAGGGAAGAAAAGAGUGAAUAUAAUUUUACGAUCGAAAUAUUAUCGAACACAUUUUCAUUAAACGACUCAGCGAUAGUUUUUAUUGAAGUAACAGAUGUUAAUGAUAAUCCGCCAGUAUUUUUAUCCAGAGAUAUACGAAUUACAAUCAAUGAGGAUAUAAAACCCGGCGAAAUAUUAACCAGGAUUAUUGCAAGUGAUCGAGAUUCUGGUGAAAAUGGUGAAUUAUCAUACUAUAUUCUUUCGGGAAAUGACCACCAAAUAUUUAAACUGGAUGCGACUUCUGGAGUUUUGAUUUUCACUAAGUGGAAUGAUGAAGUUAUUGAGGAUGAUCAUGAGGAAUUGAUUAUUAUUGCAAGUGAUAAUGGUCGAAUAAGCAAAUGGAACUGGACACGUAUCAUUGUUGUGGUGGAUAAUGAUAUUUUUUCAGCCACUGCACCAUUCUUUGUUGUUCCACAGUACCAAAAAAGUGUUCCAGAGAAUCAACUUGCGGAUGAAGUGAUCCUUAAAAUCAGGGCUAGCAAUCGCAUUGGUCGAUCGGAAAUGGACUGGAAGUAUAGACUCCGAGAUAAUGAUGAGAUAUUCGUUUGUAACGAAACAACAGGUGAUAUUUUAAUAAGGAAGCAAUUUGAUUAUGAAAACCGCAGUAGCUAUUCAUUUUCACUUAUAGUUAGUGAUAAUACGAGCAGGUCUGCGGUUGUGCCUGUUGAAAUUUUUGUCCUUGGCAUCGAUGAAUUUCCACCUGUGUUCAUGAAAUCCAGUUAUAUUUUUGAGGCACCUAUCACCACCAAAGUUGGGCAACGAAUAGGCGUCUUAAUGGCAACUGAUCAAGAUUCGGGAUUAGAUGGCAUUAUACGGUAUGCGAUUGAAGGCGAUGCUAUGCGAUAUCUGACCAUCGAUUCGGACACUGGCCAGUUAAUCUUGAAAAAGGAGUUGGCUGAAAUAGCGAAAGAAAAGAAUUUGACGGUCGAUGAAUUCCAUAUAGUGGCAAGCUCUGGAGUAUCACAACAUUCCCGAGUUAAGGUGACUGUAAAGUUCGUGGAAUCAACAGCAUAUUUAUCGCCUUCGAAGUCUCCCUAUACAAUAAUGCUCAUGCUCCUCUCAUUGCUCAUCCUUCUAAGCAUACUUAUUAUGUUUGUUAUAAAAAUGUGGAUGCGCAUGAGAAGCCAUACUGCAAUAAAAAAACAGAUCUACAGCGUCAGUAAGGGUAAUACAGCCGUAAUGGCAGAUUUAAGCCGAUAUUCACCUUCUUUUCAAUACGACAAGCAAAGAAUUCCUUUACCGAAAAUACCAGUAACUAAGAUAGCAUCAUCGUCAUCAUCGUCAUCGAUAAGUCGAUACAGUGCAGGCUCUGGAUCGACGCAGCCAAAAUUCAACGGCCAACUCUUAAACGGUAGAUCAGCACCACAAUCGAUGCCUGAUUCUGGAAUCGAUCCAGACGAUGUAUCUAUCACAUCUUCUGUUACUGAUUACUUGACUCAGAUCGGUGUUACUCAUAAUACGAUUUUCGACCAAAGAAAUGGUUCGAAUCGAAGUCGUUUAAUGCAUGGGAAGAAUACAUUUUAUGAUUCUGCCUUGAAUGAUUUGAUCUACGCGAAAAUCGAUCAAUUCAAAUUUAGUUCGGUUCCGUCAUUUGAGCCAAUAAAAGAUUUGUUAUCGAGGAAAACUCAAGCCAAUGUGAAAUGA